AAAACCCGGGCGCGCCUUGUAAGCGGGCGGCCGGGUUUGCGCAGGCGCAGCGCGGCCGCGGGUGGGCGGAAUUGGUCGGGAUGAGUGGCGGAGGGACAGAGACCCCUGUGGGUUGUGAGGCCGCCCCGGGCGGUGGCAGCAAGAAGAGGGACUCCCUGGGGACUGCGGGCUCAGCGCACCUCAUUAUCAAGGAUCUUGGAGAAAUUCAUUCAAGGCUUUUGGAUCACAGACCAGUUAUUCAAGGUGAAACCCGUUAUUUUGUAAAAGAAUUUGAAGAAAAACGUGGUCUUCGAGAAAUGCGAGUUCUUGAAAAUUUGAAGAAUAUGAUCCAUGAAACAAAUGAACAUGCUCUUCCCAAAUGUAGAGACACAAUGCGGGACAACCUCAGCCAGGUUCUCCAGAGAUUGCAAGCAGCUAAUGACUCAGUCUGUAGACUCCAACAGAGGGAACAGGAACAAAAAAAGAUUCAUAGUGACCACUUAGUAGCUAGUGAGAAACAGCAUAUGCUCCAGUGGGACAGCUUCAUGAAGGAGCAACCCAAUAAAAGGGCUGCAGUGGAUGAAGAGCACCGAAAAGCCAUGGAGAGGCUUAAAGAACAAUAUGCUGAGAUGGAGAAGGACCUCGCGAAAUUUUCAACCUUUUAAGAACUUGAACCACAACAAUCACAAACUCAUGAGAAGAUGUUCACCUCACUCCUGAAAAAUAUCCCCGCCAGACUGUUUAGCCUCUGCUUCAAGCUUAGCAAUAUAUUCAGUGGCACUCUUAUAUCAGAAGAAAGAAGUUUCUACUGGCAUUCUGAUUGGAUGUUUAAAGAAGGGUGCCACAUCUUUCCAGCUUUAAGUGCCUACAUUUGAUUAUUUGAAUGAAGAGGAGUAGGAAGGAAAAUGGAAUAAAUAUACUCUUUGUUAGUCAGAAUUGAUCAUCCUUUCCAUUGAUUAGCUCAGAGAACUGUAGGUAUAGACUUCUUAGAAAGAUAAUUUCAUUCAUUUCUAUACAGGGUUAACAAUAGUUUAUUAUUGUGGCUUAAUGGGCAGGUAUAGAAGCUACCUGUCAUAGCCGCCUUGGCUGUUGGAAGGAUGUAUAAAGUGUUACUGCAUGAGUAAUGUAGACAAAAAAAAAAAAAAAAAAAAAAAAACAGCUGUCCUUGGAGCAGAGAUCACAUUUCAGAGAGGUGAGAGUGAACACAUUGUCUCUGCUGCGGCAAAGAUGGCCACGGUGGUGUUUGAGCUGCCUCUUGGGAAGGGUUGCACAUUUUACCGUGCAGCAUAAUGCCAUGGGCUUCCGUGGAUGGGAAGACACGUGUUAAGUUUUGUGGCCUUCCAGCACUUACUAUUUUCAGCUUUUAAAGCAUGCUUAGAAGGAAAAGCUUACCAAAAAUAUAUUUUGACAUUUAGUUUUUCCAAGAACUAUAAUCUUGCCCAUAGUAUUUACCUCAUUUUCGUGUCUGUUUUGCUGUGGGUAAGCUUUAUAAGAUAAAUAAUGUCUAUACAUGUUUCGACUGUUUAAUGAGUAAUCAACAAAAUCUGCCAGGGAGUCCCUCUGGAACCAUAUAAAGUUCCUGGCUUUGAAUGAACCAGAAGUGUUUGCCCACAUAGCAAAUGGUCCAUGUUAAAUGUAAAUCCUUUUUAGUGUUAAUGUCUGUUCUCAUAAGCAGGUAUAUUAUGAUGAAACAUGUACAAGUUCUGUCAUCACUGUGAUCUUUAAAAACCUGCAUUUAACAGUCUAAUUUGAGGCUGGGUGCAGGUACAGGCUCACACCUGUAAUCUCAACAUUUUGGGAGGCCGAGGCAGGCGGAUCAUUUGAGAUCAGGAGUUCAAGCCUAGCGUGGCCAACAUGGUGAAACCCCGUCUCUACUAAAAAUACAAAAAUUAGCUCGGCAUGGUGGUGCACGCUUGUAAUCUCAGCUACUCAGGAGUCUGAGGCACGAGAAUCACCUGAACUCAGGAGGCGCAGGUUGCGGUGAGCUGAGAUGGCACCACUGCACUCCAGCUUGGGUGACAGAGUGAGACUCCAUCUCAAAAAAAAAAAAAAAAAUCUAACUGAAGAACUAAGUUGAUUUUUUAUUUGCCAUAAACCAAGCAAAAGUAAAUGCAAUAAUUUCAAGAGAUUUAUGGUAAACGAAUUUGAAGUAUGGAUAAAUCUCUCACAUAUUUUUUAUUGCUCUUUAGUAAAGAAAGGCACAAGAAAGAAAAUACCCAGCUCUCUUGUGUUAUCUCAGUGUGGUGACUGCAGAAAAUUGACAAUGCCUGCCUGUGUAAAUGUAUGGCUUACUGUCAAAGCUUCAUUCUUGGCUGCAUGUUGAAAAUGUGAUUAAAGUUAAUAGAGGAGAUGAAAUAAGUAUUUGAGAUUUUUUUCAAUAACACUGAACUUCUGCCAACUUUCUCUAUCCGCUACUGUAGGCUUGACAGGCUCAUCAAUCAUUUGCUGGUACCUGGACUAAAAAGCGUACUUGCUGACACCAAGGCAUGUUGGAAUUUUCUUAAUUCAGUGGAUGGAAAAAAAAAUACUUCCAAAAAUAUCCCACACAUGAAAAGGGAGGGGAGCCUUAAAUGAAAAUUCCCUUUGUACUGUAGACACUUUUUGGAAUGCGAUUAAUUGCCAACACAUCAUUGAACAAAUGCUGUAACCAAGAAAUUAAGAUUGUGUGUGUGAAGGGAAUAUAUUCUUAACUGUGGCUACCCAACUUGUGUAGCAGAGAUUUCUGAUAGUUUGUGUUCAUCUCAUGUGAAUAAUAAAUACUUUACCUUAUAAGUUUGUAUAUUAUUCCAUAAAUGCCUAAGGGACUUCCUAAACCAAAAUGAAUUGAUGGGCUUUUUGAGCUUUAGACGUUAAGAUACUCAAUUGUUUCCUUGUAACAUGUUUAACUAUUCAACAUAGCUUCUAUAAGAGUUGGUUUAUUUACCUUCCUUUUGAUAUUUUUAGUGGUGAACACUUUUGCUUCUGUUUCCCAGUUGCCAAAUCACUUUUGAUAUGUAUUUUAUUUAUAUGUAAAAAAAUUUUAAUAACUACAUAAUUUGUAACAUUUCUUUCCUUUUUUUUUUUUUUUUUUUUGAGACAGCAUCUCACUGUGUCACCCAGGCUGGAGUGCAGUGGCGUGAUCUCGGCUCACUGCAAACUUUGCCUCCUGGGUUCAAGCAAUUCUUGUUCCUCAGCCUCCUGAGUAGCUGAUAUUACAGGCAUGUACCACCAUGCCCAGCUAAUUUUUGUAUUUUUAGUAGAGAAGGGGUUUCACCAUGUUGGCCAGUCUGGUCUCGAACUCUUGACCUCAAGAGAUCUGCCCACUUCAGCCUCCCAAAGUGCUGGGAUUACAGGCAUGAGCCACUGUGCCUCGCCAGUUUGUAACAUUUCUGCUGUGUUUAUGCUGUUGAGCAGAGAUACUAUGGGGUCUAUGUAGCUCAUAGGAUUAUUGUAAUGAUAAAUGAAAUAAUGUUUUAUAAUCUUAAAGCACCAUAGAAAGAUUUGUUUUUAAGUUCUAUGUAUUUUUAAUUUUUAAUUAUGACUUCUUUCUGGACUAACAUAUGUAUGAGGCUUUUUUUCCCAUUUCCUAGCGUGUAUAUUUUUAAAUUCUGUGUUUACUGAUUCCUGUUUUAAUUGCAUUUGAAUUGUGGACAGAAAAUAAGUACAUGUAAGACUGAUCUGUUAAUAUUUGUUGAGAUUCGCUUUAUGACCUAGAUUAUAACCGGUUUUUGUAAAUGUUUCAUGAUUGCUUGAAAAAUAUGCUUGUUUUUUAGUUGUUGGAUGUCCAUUAGACCAAAGUUGUUAAUUUUGUAGUUCAGAUUUUUUCCAUUUUACUGUUCUUUUGUCUUCUACUUGAUCUCUCUGACUCUGAGAUGUGUUGAAAUUUUCUAUUCUAGUGAACUUACCAAUUUCUCCCUGUAAUUCUGUCAAUUUUAGUUUUAUAGAUUUUUAUAUAUUUUGAAGUCUUGUUAUAAAUAAAUAAUUAUAAAUAUAUACAUAAAUAUAAAAAAUACAUAAAAUAUAUAUUAUAUUUAUAUAGAUUAUGCCAGCUAGCUAGAUUUGUAGGAUAUAUCUUUUUUUUAUCCUUCUGUUAAACCUUGCUGUUAUGUUUUAGAUAUGCCCUUUAAAAACUGUGUGACUGGGGCCGGGGACGGUAGCUCACACCUGUAGUCCCAGCACUUUGGGAGGGCGAGGCGGGCAGAUCACGGAGACCAUCCUGGCCAACAUGGUGAAAUCCUGUCUCUACUAAAAAUACAAAAAUUAGCUGGGCGUAGUGGCGUGCACCUGUAGUCCCAGCUACUCAGGAGGCUGAGGCAAGAGAAUCACUUGAGCCCAGGAAGCAGAGGUUGCAGUGAGCCAAGAUUGCGCCACUGCACUCCAGCCUGGGUGACAGAGUGAGACUCUGUCUUAAAAAAAAACUGUGUGACUGGAUGUUUUUCUUUCUUUCUGAUCAUUUGUCAACUAAAGAGUUCAAUCCAUUUACAUUUGUCAAAAUUGCUGAUAUGUUAAGAUUUAUUUAUAUCAUCUUAUUUUGUGCUUUUUGUCCCACCUUUUCUGUUUCUUGACUUCUUUCAACUUGAUUUUGUUUUGUUUCGUUUUUCCAUCUACUUUUCUUCUACUGCUUUCAGAGUUAAACUGAAAGUGACAGUUUCCAAGUCAUUUUGGUAUGUAUUUUAUUUAUAUGUAAAAAUUAACUUUUAAUGAAGUGCUUAGUGGGAAAUUUAGCUUGCAUAGUUAACAGAAUCUAAAGUUAACAUCUUUACUCUCUUCCUAUACAUUAGAGAUUUUUGUACAAAGUCUGAUUUAUCUCUUCAACUUACAAAUUGUUGUCUAGAAUUCUAGCUCUAUCUUGGUUUUACUACAAAAGUAGUUAUUUCGUAUAGUUAGUGUUUAGGUAGAUUUCCCUAGAAGUUUACUGUUUUAUUGUCCUUGAAAGUUAGCUAGGUAUAUGAUUAUAGGUUGACAGCUGUUUUCUCAGUAUUUAAUAAUAUUCUGCUGUCUUCUUGCUUCCAUUGCUGCUUCUGGAAUGACAGUUGUCAGUCUGAUACUGAUCAGAUUGUAGCUAAUCUGCCUUCUUUCUCAGGUCAUAUUUAAGAUCUUUAUCUUUGGUGCUCUACAGUCAAAUGUGGCCAUACUACAGUAUGUUUAGCUGUAUAUUUCUUUUCAUUGUCCUUUUGGGAUUGAUUGAGAUUCCUGAAUCUGAGAAUUGGUACUUUUCAUAAAUUCUGAAAAAUUCUCAGCUACUGUCUCUUUGAAUAUUGUAUCUCCCUCAUUCUCUCUAUUCUCUCCUUCAGGAAAUAAAAUUAGACUUCUGUUUUAUAAUCUCACUGUCCUCUCCAUCUCUCUUAAUCCCUGUUUCAUAUUUCCCAUCUCUCUGUCUCUAGGUGUUGAAUUCUGGAUAAUUUCUUUAAAUCUAUUUUAUUAAUGCUGUCUCCACUCUAUCUCUAACCUAUUUUACCCAUCUAUUAAGUUGUUAAUUAUAGUUAUUAUAUUUUUUUAUUUUCAGAAGAGUUGUUUGGUUCUUUCUUAAACUUUCCUGGGUUGUCUGGGACGAUUCCAUUAUUCCCUCUUUUUCUUUUAUUUAAACAUAUUAAAAGUACUUAUUUUACAUUCUGUACGUGGUAAUAUCAAUAUUUUUUGCGGAUCUGAAUUUAUAGUUUGUUGCUUGUUGUUUUUGCUGAAACAAGUUUAUGGCGACUAGUUUCCUAAUGUGAUCAGUCAUUUUUUAUUUUAAGUUUGCAUUCCUCUGAACUUUCUUUUGGGAGAUUUUUUUUUUUUAAUUUCAAAUAUAGUCCUACAGAGAAGAUUUUUUUUUCCCUGUAGCACCAAUUUGUUUGUUGUGACACUACAAACCACAGACCACUUCAAAAUCAGUUUUCAUCCUGGAUUCCCUGUCUCUCCCUUUUCUACUCCUUAAGCUUUUGCACGCACACAUGUGUGUGUAUACACACUCACAAAAUGUGGAUUUCAGCCCUAAACACCUUGACUGUUGGCUUCGUUGAGGCAUUCCCAGAGGAGACGUUUUUCUUCCUUUAUAUCUCUUCUUGAGUAAUGAAGAAGGGUCAAUUUAGGUGUUUUCCUAGUUCAUUCCUGAGGACAGUGUCCUCUGAGUCUUUACAAGUCCUCCUGCUCAUCCAGCUCAGUCCCUGUUAUGGACUGAAUUUUGUCUCCCCUGAAUUCAUCGAGUAAAGCUGUAACCCCAUUGUGACUGUAUUUGGAGACAGGGCCUGUAAGGAGGUAAUUAAGGUUAAAUGAGGUCAUAGGGCAUGGAAGAGAGACCCCAGAGCUCUCUUCCUGCACCUAGAGGAAAAGUCCUGAGAUCACAGCAGGAAGGCAGCCAUCUGCAAGCCAGGAAGAGGGGCCUCAUAGGAACCACAUUUUUCAGGACCUUGGCCUUAGACUUCUUGCCAGCACAUCUUUAAGAAAAUUAAUUUUUAUUGAAGCCACCAAGCCUGUGGUAUUUUGUUACGGCAGGUGGAGAAGACUGAGAAAGUCCCUCACUUUGAUUCCUGUCCCUCACGCAGGUAUGGCUCCUAACAACUGGAGCCUUCCUAGGGCUGCAGGGAUGGGGUUGCCUUUAGGGCAGUUAUCCAGAGCUCAGUUAUCCUAUAGAAUGUCCCAGUCUCCUGAGCUGCCUUCAGUUGUUUUCACUAAUUUGCCAUAAAUUCAGUCAAGAAUAAUAAAGUUUAAGGCUGGGCGCGGUGGCUCACGCUUGUAAUCCCAGCACUUUGGGAGGCCGAGGCGGGUGGAUCACGAGGUCAGGAGAUCGAGACCACGGUGAAACCCUGUCUCUACCAAAAAUACAAAAAAUUAGCCGGGCGUGGUGGCGGGCGCCUGUAGUCCCAGCUACUCGGAGAGGCUGAGGCAGGAGAAUGGUUUGAACCCAGGAGGCGGAGCUUGCAGUGAGCCGAGAUUGCGCCACUGCACUCCAGCCUGGGCGACAGAGCGAGACUCCAUCUCAAAAAAAAUAAAGUAAAAUAAAGUUUAAAUUUUUUUCUAGCAUUUCUGGUGUUCAGUGGCCAGACAGAUUUCUCUGUACAGAAAUGGCAUGUUAGACAAGUAUAUGGUGAUUUUAUUAUAUUCUCCAAAAAAGAACAUGCCCGUAUUCUAGUGUAAACGAUACUUUUUUCCUUUUUUAAUAUUACACUAAAUCUUUUAUGUUAGAUUAUUUCCUAUUAUCCAUAAACUAAUGUGAUUCUCUAUUGCUUCUAUUGGAUUGAUCUUUUACUGUUUAUGAGCUAAUAUAGGCAAAUAAGAGUUCAGUAGUGUUCUAAACCUGCGUAACUCUUACCUGAAUACUUGAUUUUGGAAUUUUUAAUCUUUAGGACAUUAUUGUGGUUUGUGAAAAUGUCUCAGGCUACUAUUAUGGGCAUGUAGAUAGAGGGGGCUUGAUCUGUGCUAUUAAACCCAAAGUGCCAUGAAAAUCUGGAGGAGUCAAAGAUGCCUCCAAGAUACAUAGUGAAUUCUCUUCUUUGCUUUUAUAAUACAUAAACUUUCUAUCUGAACAUUUCCAGGUACUGUCUGAACAGUUUCCUACUGUGCAUGUGUCUAGAGGUAGUGGGUUUUCUGGUUGCCAUUGCAAAUGAAAAGGUAGCGGGUUUUAUUGCUUUGGAAUUUAGCAUAAUGUCUGCCUUUCCUGAAAUUGUACCCUGGAGGCUUUUUAUUUUCAUUUAUUUGUUUAUUUAUUUUUUGCCAUUUGGGGCUGUAAGUCUCUCUGUCAGGAUGAAAAAUACCAGAAAAAUAUUUUAAACAUUAAUUCAGUCAAAAUAUUUGAAGCUUCCAUUACAGACGAUGUAUUUUCUAGUAGCUUGUUCUUAGUCUUUCAGAAAGGUUUUCUAAUUAUUUCAUAGUUUUCAACCCCAAUAAAAUGUUAAUAUUUUAUUGACUUGAUGCAAAUCAAGGUCAUACAAUGAAUGGAGAAUGGAAAUCAGUCAUAGCAUAUCACCUACUGCCUGCCCUUCCUCAUUCUGCUCUUUUUCUUUUUUCUUUUUUUUUUUUUUUGAGGUGGAGUUUCGCUCUUGUUGCCCAGGCUGGAGUGCAAUGGCGCAACCUUGGCUCACUGCAACCUGCGCCUCCUGGGUUCAAGCGAUUCUCUUGCCUCAGCCUCCCAAGUAGCUGGGAUUACAAGUGCCUGCCACCACACCCAGCUAAUUUUUGUAUUUUUAGUAGAGAUGAGGUUUUGCCAUGUUAUAGUUAUUAUAUUUUUUUAUUUUCAGAAGAGUCGUUUGGUUCUUUCUUAAACGCCAGGCUGGUCUUGAACAUCUGAUCUCAAGGUGAUCACCCACCUUGGCCUCCCAAAGUGCUGGGAUUAUAGGCAUGAACCACCGUGCCCAGCCCUCUGCUCAUUUUUGAAUCUUAACUGCUACAAAUAAUGCUUUCUUGUGACUGGGCUGGCAACAAUAGCAAAACAGUAUUUCCUCUGGUAUUUUCCUAUUUAUGUUCCAUAAGCAAGAGAAAACAAACUUGGAUUUUCAGAUGUGAUACACUUCAAGAGCAGUACACUAACAUUUGAUCCUCACAAAAACUCAAGCUUCAAAUUAUCUCUGAAGAAAUAGUCCAAAUUAAUUUAAGGUAAGUAAAUACAAUACUCAUAUUUGUAUCACAUAACUUAGAGCCCACUUUUUAAGUGCCUUAUAUGUAGUUUAAUCUUAUUUCAUCAUUAUAACCAAGAAAUACCCAUUAUAUUCUUUUAGAGGAAGAGCAAAACAGCGCAGAAAUACAAGGAAUAUAGUGUUUUGCCCACCUGAUGUUGAGCUAGCAACAACACAUCAGAUAGACUAAAUAAUAUUUCAUGGUUUUUUAAAAAUUCCAUAAGUGAAAUCAUGAAAAUCCAUAGGACAGAUAGAUCCAAAAAUUUUUCUUUAUCAUUACAUCGCUUUCUAAAAUGAUAGUCUGAUGUACUACAAACAUUAAUAAGUCAAUAUGUGAAAUUCUGCUCUAAAAGACUCUGAAUCAUUAAAGGUAUUUACUAUUAUUUUGUCAUUCGCUGUGUGGUCAGGCUUUGCCAUAGGAUAAAAUAUGAGAUGAUAGAUAUGUUAAUUAGCCUGAUUGGAUCAUUCCACAAUGUAUGCAUAUAUCAACCCAUCACAUUGUACCUAAUAAAUAUAUACAAUUAUUUAUCAAUUUAAAAAAAGAGCCAAGCACAGUGGCUCACACCUGUAAUCCCAACACUUUGGGAGGCUGGGGCAGGAGGAUCACUUGAGGCCAGGAAUUCAAGACCAGCCUGGGCAACAUGGUGAGACUUUGUCUCCACAAAAAAAUAGGAAAAAAGAAAAAGAAUAUAACAUGAAUGUAGAUAGGAUUAAGAUAGAAAGUGCCACCCUGGGAAGAGGCCAGUGCAUGAUUCAAGGACGUUUAGAGCAGACAACACCAGGCUCAAGUGGUGCAGCAUUUACUGAUAGCAAGAGAGGAGAGAGUGUACACAAGAUGCAGCCCUUUGCAUCAGUCCCCUGUGGCCAGCAGGUCCACUCUGCAGCCAAUGUGGUCAGUACUGUAUUUUUUUAAAACUUAAGAUGAGUGAGGGCAUGUGCAUUCCAUCAUUCCUUGGAGCAAUUGUUUUCCCCUUUUAACUUUAAAAAAGAAAAGUUUGGUUGAGACCUGGCAGGCAUUAAAAGUUAGCCUCCAUUGCAAAUAUUAUCACCAUUUAUGAGUGUGAAGUUUUACCAUAAUAGAAGUCAGUGUACAAGGUUAUCUGUGUUCUUAAAAUUUUCUCUACAUAGACCUGAUUUUUGACUUCUGUGAAAUUGUUUAUAUUGCUAACAUUUAUCAUUCAGAGAAAAUAUUCUGUAAAUGUUGAUUUAAUGUAAUAGUUUCCCUUAAAAUAGAAUUUAUAGAGAAUUUGAAAAGAAAGCCACAAGUUAAUUCACUUUUUAAAAAACUUCAUGUCAUCUGAAUACUUAAGCUGCUUUGUUGGGAAAGUGUCUUUCUAAAGAAAAUGGUUAAUAAAAUUACAGUAAGAUAAUUGUGACAAAAUAAAAAUCUUAGGUGGUCAGUUGUGUAUUACAGAGAUUUGGUUUUAACAAUUAUGCAAGUUGUUUAAGUGGGAAACAUUAAUAUUAAAUUUUAUUAAGAAAAAUUUUGACACCAAAAAAUCUGUCCUUCACUUAGAAUAUAAAAUUUAUAGCUGAACACCAGCAGGUGUCACUGUGAUAACAUGUUUUCCCCACUCUAAACAGUUUUAUGUGGAUGGGUGCAUACCAUCUAUGGACAAAGAUAUUUAGGAGUAAAUAAAUGUAAGUUAUAUAGCUGAAUAAAAAUACCAAAAUGUAAGAAAAGCCUAUGAGUUCCAUAAUGGUUAGGAAUGCUGCAUUUUUUUUUAGGAGUGCUGUAUUUUUAGGAGAAUUGUAUUUUUUUCUCGCUUUCUUCAUGUCAUAAACAUACAGUCUUUCAUUAUGUAAGUGAUGUGCAGUUUUAUCAGCAAUAAAAGUACAGUGAAAAAUGCCUUUA